GCGUCAAUCCUAAACUGGUUCGGAAAUCAAAAUGGCGUCCGAAACACAACCUUGUUACCGCAUUGCUGCGCUUCUUUAGUUAUUAAAAAAUAUCCAAAUUUCGAUCAAAAGUUGGCAAAUCAGCCGCCAAUAUCAAAAUAAAUAAAGCACAUACAUAAAAUAUUGACUUUAUUAAUUCUGUGUUAAUUUUGUGAAGUGUUGUGUUCAUUCUUAUUGCUUAUAUGGAUGCAUCAGCAGCAAUGGAGCAAGUGGUGGUUAAGACGGAGAUGCAGAAUAAUGGGGAGAUAUUAUUGUUUUACGUUGAUGAAAAUGGUGAAAAUGAAGAGGGUGUCCUGACAACUAUUGAAAAUAUAGAAAAUCCAGAGAUACAGUUGCAACAUGAUGACUCAUACAUAAUAGAACAACAUGAUGGAAACGCCUAUGAGUUAUCACAAAAUACUGAGAUUACUGCUUCAAGGGAAAGAUGGACCGAGGAAGAAACACAUAGACUCUUGGUCUUCUACAAUGACAAUAAGCAGACAUUCCUGACUGGUUCCACGAAAAGAAAGCAUUUAUGGGCUAUAGCUUGUAAAACCAUGCUUAUGAAUAAAAAUUCAACAGCUUGCGACAUGAAGUUAAGGAACUUGAAGGCAAAAUAUAUAGAGAUAUGCAAAAAUACGCACAAAGCAAGUGAUUUAAGUGAUGUAAUACUUAACUUAUGCCAUCAGGCUUUUAGUGAUGAUCCAUAUUUUAAUAGUAUGGUAGCAUCCACCAGUGAAGAAAGAGAUAUUAAACUUCCAUUUACCCAAAAAUUGGAUGAUGGUAUUGUGGUCCUUAAGAAGGUGAACACGAACAAAUCAAUAGACGAAAAAGUAGAGAAGAUGCUCCAACUGUACAUUAAAUAUAAAGAGAGUUUUCAAAAGGAAUAUUUUACUAGGAAUUUAUGGGAAACAAUUGCAUUAGAAUUGGGAGAAGAAGACGGUUUGUAUUGGCAGAAACGAUUUCUAAAUUUCAAACAGCAUUACAUAUGCUUACUUGAGAAACGUAAGGAUAGCGUUUGUGAAAUCAAUUGGCCGUAUAUGAAAUUAUUUGACGAGAUAUUUAAGGAUGACGAAGAAUUCAGCAGGAAAUAUCCUUUUAUUGUAACAGAAGUUCCAAUUGAAUCAUCAGCGCCUACGAAUCAUGACCACGAUUGGCUAGAGACAGAGAAAAUGGUGUUAGUCAAAUACAUAUAUGACUGUUUCGAGGAUUUUGAAGACCCUAAAAUACCAAAUCAUUUCCUCUGGAUGGAAAUAGGUAGACUUCUAGAUAAAAGUCCAGAGGUUUGCAAAAGCAAGUACAUGGAACUAAAAGAUGCACAUUUCAAUAAGUAUUUGGAAGGUGGUUACGAUUUGCGCGAACGUAAACCUAUAGAUAUUGUCUUCGAUUACAUUGUGUCCAAGGAAACAGAGGUGCAGCUGACAAAGGAGGAGCCAAACCAAGUCGUGGUGCAGAAGGUUGACGAGAUUGAUGAGAUUGCUCAGUUUUUGUAUGAAAAUGUUGAAAUGUAUAAAGAUCCUAUAUGCUAUUUCGUAUGCUGGGGCGUAAUAAGUAAGAAAUUAAGGAAGUCCGUUGUUACCUGUCGAAAACUAUGGGAAGAACUAGUCACUCUGUAUAAGAGUAUACUUAAUGAUAAAAAAGAAUAUCCUGAUAUGCAAAUAGAUUGGCGGUAUAUAGAAUUGUUUGAUAGAAUAUUUGAUUACGGAAUGGACACGAACUUGCUUGACGGAUACGAGAAAGCUAAGGAGGAAAAAGAAUCUGAAAAGAUUGGUGUGAGAAAAGUAAACAUCAAUAUGAAUAACACUGAAUCAAAGCAUACCGAUGAUGAUGACUUUGAUGAGAGAGGCUUUGCAAAAGGUUCAAAACGGACCGGAGAUUCAAAAGCGUUCAAAAUACUCGAGUAUUACCAGAAGAAUAAAGACAAAUUUUCCACGACAAACAGAAACAAGCACAGCCUUUGGGAAGUAUUGGCCAAACAAAUUGGCAUAUCUGCUACCCAAUGCGCGCACAGAUUCAGAAAUCUGAAACAAGUCUAUACAGCGUAUGUCCAAAGAGAGAUAAAUAAACCAGAAAUGCCAAUAGUGUGGCCAUAUUAUGCACUCUGCAAGAAAGUUUUUGGUUACAGAGCUAUAAAAGCUCGAUUGAAAAAUGGUAAAAAUGAUUCAGAUACCGAAGAAUGGUCGGGCAAAGAAAUAAAUCAGUUGAUAAAUUAUUUUGCUGAGAAUUUUGAUGAAAUUUCGAACAAUGUUGACGAUAUGAGUAAAUGGGCCGUUUUGGCCAAAUUGUUGGACAAAUCUAAAGUAGCUUGCAAAGACAAAUUCAUGGAGUUACGUAAAUCUUAUAGGAAAUUAAAGACUCAAAUCACGAGGAAUCCUAAUGUUAAGAUUUCUUGGAAAUAUUUCAAUACUUUUGAAGAGAUAUACAAUAAUAGAGAGAAAGCAAACCAUAGUGCUAUGGAGGUCGAUGAACAAUAUGAAGAUGGCAAUGAGGCAGAAGAUGAAGACUAUCAAUGCGUUAUCGUUGUUUCGGAGGAUGGAGUUAUUACGAAUAUUGAGAAUUCUCAAAUUAUUGAUGAAACUAUAGAAGAACCAGCAAUAGAAACCAAACCGCCACCAAAAUGGCCGAGACGCAUCAAAAAACGCCUGGUUAUAUUGUACAUAAAUUACAUAAGAGCAAACAAAGGAAAGGAAAUCAAUGCGAAAGAAAUGUGGCAAGAGAUAGCGACGAAAUUAGACAAGAAUCCAGUUGCUUGCAGAAAGAUGAUGAUCAGACUUAAAAAUCUUUAUAUUAAAAACGCUGUAAAUACUGAAGAUGCAGAAAAGAAAAUAACACCAUUGUUCCGUUUGGUCGAAAAGGCAAUGAAAUUGAAACCCAAGUUUGUAAAAGCUGAUAAGAAUAAAACUCAACAAGAAAAGGUUUAUAAAGAUGUACCGAUGGAUUCAGUGAGUGUGCAUAAGGCUUUACAAUAUUACCUAUUGCACAUUGAAGAUUUCGUCAACCCCAAAUUUGAAAAGAAAUUCUUAUGGACUGAAUUGGCCAAUUUUAUAUCGGAACCAGUCAAUAAAGUUUUUAACAAGGUCAGUUAUUUGAAACAAGCGUAUAACAACGAUCAAAUUACUGAAGAUAAUGCGCAAUUCGUUGAUGCGGUAAGAGAGAUCACAGCUAAAGAAUUGGCUAUAACUUUAAUAUCAGAUAUUGAAAAUGAUGGUGUAAAAGAGUAUCCAGAAAGGCCGUGGAUUGAUGAAGAAACUGAACAACUAUUGCAAUGGUAUUUAAGCAAUUUGGACAAAUUUAAAAAUCCAAAAUUCGUACGAAGCUACCUUUGGAUUGAGGCGUCUAAUAUUUUGAAGAGGAGUCCCUUGGAUUGUUCUAAGAAAAUGUCUGAAAUAAGGACCCAGUAUCGCAACAUGGUGAAGGAAAAUUCCGAAGAAUUGGGAAAUUGGAAGUUUUAUGAUUUGUGUCAGAAAAUUUAUGGAACAGGGAAGAAAACGAACCCUAUAAAUGCCUAACAGGAGUGUUCAACCUCCUUGUGGAGGUUUUUGCAAGGACAUUAUUGCCCUACCAUGUGUAGUGACGAAUUAUAAUUAUAUAAAUAGUCCUCAAGAGGCAUGGGUUGCUAAUGAAAAUGUGUGUUGAGAUAGUAAAUCAUUUGGACACAAUUAAUACUGCGUGUAAGACAUCCUCCAACAAUAAUGAUUAUUAUUUUAUGCAGUAGACGAUAGUGGGAAGGGUGUAAAAUGAUGCCUGAAAGUAACCUUAAUUUUUGUGACACAGUGCUUAGUAGCACCCUCUAUCUGUCACUCACGUCCAUUAAAAUCCUUAAUAGCCUAUACACAGUGUUUUUUUAAGUAGAGCAAGACAUUCGAAACAGGGAAGCAAAGACGUACAAACUACUUGUGUGGCUCCUUACCUUGUUUAAGUAACACGGGCAGUACCAAGUAUUAGUGCGCUAUUAGUAAGAAAUUUUAAAAUAUUAGAAUUUAAUCAAGACUGUAGUUCACACAUAGUAUCAAGCCACGAAAACUGGCUAAUCAGCUCGGAGCAAGUGGCGCCACUGUGGCACUAUCCGCUCUGCUCUGUCAGGCAUCCAUCCUACUCCCUCAUAUAUCUGUCUUCUUCACUCGCUGCUGCUAACACAACAAGCUCGGGCGACUUCAUGGCUUAGCCCUGAAAGGGCGUCCCAAAAAUAUACAAUAGGUUGGUUUUGGUCCUCCGAACCAGACACCUUUAAUUUUAACGAAUUUGUAUAUCAAUUACUGCGGUGGUUAUAAAAGGUAAUCGUAAAUGUAUACCUAGAUACCAUAAGGGUAAAAGUUUAAAAGACAAUCAAAAAGUAUAUUCAAAAUAUUGAUAUUUUUCUCUCUGUAUAAUUCAAGACUCUCAAAUAAAGUUGUACUUUGAGUAAAGUUAUGUAGUAUUUAAUUAUUACACAUUAGAAAUAAACGCUUACAAUGCUGAA